GACGUAUGUUAAAAAAUUACAAACACAAUAGCCCAAGGUGCGCAAGUUUUCAUGCGCAAUGAAAACUUCCUUGAUUCUGCUGGUCGAUUGCGGUGUUCCAUUUAGUUUUUCAGCUGAUCACGCUUUCAUCGGGCGCUUCACAGUCGACGCGUGUGUCAUGUGCGAAUCUCUCGCAGCGUAGUUAGAAUCGAGUGCUUGUGUCGUGUAGCUAUCUAGUGGCAGUGAAAAUGUUUUCAGGACUCACAAAUCAGGUCAGUUCGUGGAUGGGAGCAGCUAAAGGCGAGCCCCAAGAUGAAGAGGUACCCACCCCAACCAAGGACGCGACUGUAGAGACUACGGCAGAAGGGGACAAACAAAGUCCAACUAAGGGAGGCAAGCUGGACCUCAUCACCAAUGUGAAGUCUCAAAUGACCGGUUGGCUCGGCUCCGGAAUCCCCAUCCCUGGUCUCCGGAAAAAUGAAGCCGCACCCUCCGAAGUUCCUGAAGCUGCUCCGGUGGAAACCGCUGAAGUGGCCGAGCCCAAGCCUGAGGCAAAAGAGGACGAUGACAAUUCUAGGUACAUUAGCGCGACGGGCGGCGCGGACAGCCGGCCGGGCUCCACGGGCGGCACGCCCACUGACGAGCAGCCCGCGGGCGUUGGGAACGGUUCAUCACACAGUAAAAAGAUUUUCUCGGUAGACGCCAUAGACGUGCCCCAUAUGCAAGAAUUGACCACGAAAGCAGUGGCCGGCGCCAAGUCGCUCGGCAACUUCCUGUACUCCGCCGUGAACAAGGCGGGCGCUAAAGUGAGCGAAGCGAGCGCCAAGAUCAAGAAGACCGUCGAGGAAAACAGCAUCCUGGGCGAGUUCAACCGCGAGCAAGAUGCCUUCAUCAAAGGCCAGGAGAAGGGAGGCGGUGCAGCGGCCGCGCCGUGGAUCGGCGCUCCCAAUGAGGCCUCGCUCAAGGAGGAGUGCCUAUCGCUGUCUACUGACCGGCGGAACUUCGUGCGCGCGCCACCGGCGGGCGUGGAGUUCGACUUCGACUAUGACAAGAUGUACCCGGUGGCCGUCGCCAUCAUGGCCGAGGAUCCCAACCUCGAGAAGAUGCGCUUCGACCUGGUGCCCAAAGUUAUCACAGAAGAGAACUUCUGGCGGAACUACUUCUACCGCGUGUCACUCAUCUGCCAGGCCAACGAGGCUGACGCUGUCGAGCGCCAGGCCAGCGCUGACGACUCGCAGGAUAGUAAAACCGCGAGCGAAGGUCUCAUAGCUAGCGAAAAGUCAUCGCAAGCAUCGAUAGAUGACGUCAAAAAGAGGAUUAAGUCGUUGAAAGUCGAUAGAGAUAAUGAUGAUGCUUAAACGAGACACGGACAACAUGGAGUAUUUAAAAAUCACUGUUAUUUGUAACAACUAGGUAGCUUCACUAUACUGUCCCUUCACUACGCUCAUAUAAUAUAAUAAUAUUAUUUAAGACAUAGUUUUUAUGUUCUGUGGCAGUUUUAGCAUUAAAAUGGAUGGUAUAUGAAGCUUCCCAUAACGUGAACUUGUAAAGCCAACUCUUUGCUAUUACCGACGUUUCUCUCUUGUGAAAAUGUUAUUUCCAAUUGGUAUAAUAACGCUAAAACUAUGUUGUUUUUAAAUUAAAAAGCAUUUUAUAAUUUGUUUUUAAAGAUAAUUAUUAAAUAUUUGUUGUUCAAAUAAUAAAUAUGAUUUACGACUUGUUUUCGACUCAAUAAAAUGAUUAUAUAUUACGUUACAUAGAUCUAUCGCUAGUAUAUUUGGCGUUAUUAUAUUAAAAUCUAUCACUGUUGAUCUCACAUUAUUUUUUGAGCGUUAUUUACUAUAUAUAAAAUAAUAUAUAAUGGCUGUUCGCAAACCAUUGUUCCGUUUACGAAUCCAAAGUUUAUAUAUCACCGCAGCGUCAUAUCUUAAUACUUGUUGUUAUAUAGUAUUGUGUGUCGUUUAUAAGAUUGGUGUUAAUAAUAUAUGACAAUAUAGCUUCAUGUCCUUUAUAUGAAUGUAUAUAAAUAGAUUCAUAUAAAUUCCGUCAGUAAAUGUUUCAAUUUUGAAUAGCUUUGAUCACAGAUAAGGCUUGUCUAAUCAUCGUUCAUAUUACGUCACAGAAGUUGACUCUUAGCGAAAUGUUGAAUUUGGAGUAGUUUUUAUUUGUCUCUAUUGAGGUCAAGUCUGUUAGUCACAGUGUCUAUUUCAAAUAAUCUCGAUGGUAAUUAUAUAAACUGAAUGUUAUAUAUGUGUAUAAGUAUAUGAGUAAAUAGAUUCACGUCACUUCUUAGUGUUUAAAUGUAACUGUCUCGUGGUUUGAACAUUGCUACCUUUUACGUUUAUUUUGUACUCGCUUCUCGUCAAUAUUACAGCUUGAUUUUAUACCGCAUUUGUAUUAUUUAACACGCUUUCAUGUUUCUCAAAGUUGGUUCCGAUCUAUAACCGAAUGAACGCGUAGCAAUGUUGAAACUUUUACAUUACGUGUUGUCAGAUUUAUAUAUUUAAUGUUUCUAAUGAAUAUCGCUAGUGAAACAGCAGUUGGAAUUUACGAUCACCACAUACUGAACAAGAGUACAAGAAAUGAUGUGGUUUUUGCGUUGUGACGUGGCAAUAAAGUAUUAUUAACAGAAUUAAGUCUAGAGAAUUUGUUGCAUUAAUAUUUGUAACAUAAAGUAAUAAGUUUAGAGGAAAGGGGGGGGGGGGGGGCUAAUAGCUUGAAUAUAGGUAUGUCAGUAAAGGAGGGACAGUAUUAUUUUCUAUAAUUCCUAAUGAAACAUUCCAGGGUUACUAAAUAAAAGAGAAAUUGAAGAUUUUUCAAGCCCAUUUUGCCACGUUAAAACGUACGAACCGCACUCAAAUAUUUGUCUCGUCUCUUUGAAAUAUCUGAUAUAGCCGCGACAUAUCACUUAUGGGUGACAGUCAAUUAAAUAUUAUUCACACUUACUGCCGUUCUUAGGUUUUAUCCGCUGACAACACAUUCCCUUCGGCUCCGUAAUGCUCGAUACACACGUAACUAACUUGACACAUGCAUGGAACAUCAUGCAAACAACAUUUAACACAUAAAACCGAAAGAGUAGAAUAAAUUCGAUUGCUCUGGCGGAUCACGGAUGGCCGAGAGGUCAGUCGGUCCGGUAAAGAAAAAGACGCGGGUGCGGGUUCGAAUCCCGCCUUGUGAUAGAAUUUUUUCUAUUAUUUAAAAAUGCAUAUCACGUAAACGAGCUCAAACAACAAACAUGCGAGAACCAGAAAGUUUGCGCAAAACAUCAUGCAAGCUUGUCAAGCAUAAUGUCGCGUGUGUACCGUUACUUACGUGAGCCAUGUACUUAAUCCAAUGUUUAUAAUGUUGCGUAGAAUUAGCUGAUGGUCAAGGCAUCGACAGGUGAUAUCGUACAGGCCUAGUUACCUUCUAGUAGAUAUUUUCCGUCGCUAAUCUCUAUAAAAUUCCCUUUCUCACUUGCUGACAAUAUUACAUGAGUUAUUUCUUUUAUUUAACACCGCUCUCGUAAAUUUUCGACGUCCCCUAUCAGUAUUAUUAUUAACUUUAAUUUAAUAUUAUUGUUUAUUGUCUUUUUGUACUGUUUCCAUGUAAAACCUAGCGUCAGUAUAGAUGUUACUUCUAAUGUCAAUACUUGAAAAAUGUUUAGUGAAAUUAUAAUAUUAUAGUUAUUAACGGCAUUUAUAGUUAGUUAUUAUGAAUUGAAAUAAUUAUAUUAUUCUAAAAUAA